CCCGCGGCUCCUCCUCGCUUCGCCAUGGUGGAGCGGGGAGACGCGGCGCCGCUGCUGCGCUGGGCCGAGGGCCCCGCCGUCUCCCCGCCGCAGGCCCCGGAGCCGCAGGCCGGAGGCCGGGGCUGGGGCAGCGGCGGGGGCGGCCGGCCGGCCGCGGAGCCGGCCAGGAGGCGGGGGCCCGAGGAGCUGGGCGCCUCCGAGGUGCUGCUGCAGCCCGGGCGCCUGGAGCUGGGCGACGUGGAGGAGGACCAGGUGGUGGCCGUGUUCGUGGUCACCUUCGACCCCCGCUCGGGGAACAUGGUGGAAUGGUGCUUACCUCAAGAUAUUGACCUUGAAGGUGUUGAGUUCAAGUCUAUGGCCAGUGGGUCCCAUAAAAUUCAGUCUGACUUCAUCUAUUUCCGAAAGGGACCCUUCUUCGGCCUGGCCUGCUUCGCCAACAUGCCUGUGGAAAGUGAGCUGGAACGUGGUGCACGUAUGAAGUCUGUGGGCAUCCUGUCUCCGUCCUACACCCUGCUUUACCGGUACAUGCACUUCUUGGAGAACCAGGUUCGACACCAGCUGGAGACGCCAGGACAUUACUCUCAUCUGGCUGCGUUCUAUGAGGACAAGAAAGGGGUGCUCCAUGCCGGUCCGGGGAGAGGCGGCAGCCUGCCCCCUGUCUACUGGCUGCCUUCCAUCCACCGAUACAUGUACCCUGAGAUGAAGAUCACUCACCCAGCCGGCUGCAUGUCUCAGUUUAUCAAGUUCUUUGGAGAACAGAUCCUCAUCCUUUGGAAAUUUGCCUUACUUCGAAAGCGCAUUUUGAUAUUUUCUCCCCCUCCUGUGGGCGUUGUAUGUUAUAGAGUGUACUGCUGCUGCUGCCUGGCCAACGUCUCCCUGCCUGGCAUCGGGGGCGCCAUUCCUGAGUCCAAGCCUUUCUUCUACGUGAACGUGGCCGACAUCGAGAGCCUGGAGGUAGAGGUGUCCUAUGUGGCCUGCACCACGGAGAAGAUUUUCGAGGAGAAGCGGGAACUGUACGACGUCUACGUGGAUAACCAGAAUGUGAAGACGCACCACGGCCACCUGCAGCCCUUGCUGAGGAUCAACAGCGCCGACCGGGAGAAGUACCGGCGGCUCAACGAGCAGAGGCAGAUGCUGCUGUACUCCCAGGAGCUGGAAGACGACUACACCCCCUGUGAGGAGGACCUCUUUGUGCUGUUUUUCCUAGAGCAGAACAACCGGAUAUUUCAGACUCUGUUGGAGGUGUCCGCCAGUCAAGACAAAACUCUGACCGCUGAGCACGCCCGGGGCAUGGGUCUAGACCCCCAAGGGGACCGGAGCUUUCUGAUGGACCUGCUGGAGGCCUAUGGCAUCGACGUCAUGUUGGUCAUUGACAACCCCUGCUGCCCAUAGGAAGAGUGAGCCCAGACCGGUGAGCCGCUCCUCACGUGGGGAGUUCACACUGGGCCCCCAAGGACCUCCUUUUUUAUUAAGUUGACACAAAGGAAUAUGGUUUAUACUUCCCAACAAAUGUGAUUUUUUGCAAUCUCCUUUCUCCCUUCCUUCCUAGUGGUAAGAUGAGACCACCUUGGUUUUGUGCCCUGCCCUGGUGCCAUGUUGGAAUGGACCACUUUCUCCCAGAGCUACUGCCUGGGUUUUGUCAUAGGCGUCAUCCGAGUGGCUUCUCUUGUGUCCUGGUCGAGUGACUUGAGGGGAUGUGGUGAAGGCCAUGUGUCACUGGGAGCGGGCUGAGCUCGGAAACACUGGGGUGGGCUGUUCAGAAAGUCUCCAGGAGUUCGUCCCUUGCGGUAUUCUGUCCAGGGUGGCCUUGUACGUGCAUCUCCUCAAGGUGGAAGCUAGAGCUCAUGACCUUUCGAGGUGUUUUAUCAGUUCCGGGAGUCCAGUGUUGGGAUCAGAUCCCUUUUCCUGUUCGCUGGGGCAAAUCUGUCUUCUCUGUUCAUGUGAGUGGAGACCUCAAAGAGGAACAAGAGGAUGUUUCCGUCACAAAGCAUGAGCUUCUCUAAGGACAGAAUGACAAGAAGAGGUUUCUUACCAGCCAGCUGGAAAGUAAAAUUGUAGCCUGAAGUGUUGAAACUUUCCUCAGAGUAAAUUAACGGUGGCCACUCAACGUAAAACUCCUCCUUUCUCUGAAUCCCGCUCCUUCAGGGAUGGCCCUGGAGCUUGCAAGCAAAUUCAUUUUACAAUUGAGCUUCCUUUAAGGGCUAACUAUGCUCUUAGAGCAAUGUUUGUUCCCACCAAAGGUAGAGCAGUUGGGGUUCAAAGAGGAUAGAGCAGAAGAUGUUUCUCUGAGAGUUCUCUGGACAUAUCACCAGCAGAGCCUCGGGAUCAAAACAGAGAUUCACUGGAUUCCAUAUUCCAGCAAGGAUCCGGAGUUGGUUACUCAGAGUUUGAAGCAUGGAACAAGACUGUGUACCAGUCUGGGGCCCUCACAAACAGAUUUCUUGCCAGCAGAGUUGACAGUCCUUGAGCUAAGCAGUUGGGGCCAGAGACAGAACACGUUUGUUGGAGAGCAAAUUUGAUAGUGCCUUCACCUAGAGAAGUGGUUGGAACCCCCGAGCGUCAGUGAUGAGUUUACCUGUGUCCCUGUGACAUGUUUUGGUGUGGGACGGCUCCUGUGGGUCCCUGCCUGUUCUCUUUGGCUGUGCAUUCCAGGAAUGCCAACUUAGGUGAGACCGUAGGUAUUUGAAGCCAGCUCCUGUGAGUAGAGGUUAGGGCUUUUUUUGGCCAUAGUUUAGGAUUUUGACUUGGGCUCCUGGGUUGUUGGUGACUUUCUUCCCUCUCGAUCUUCUUGCCUGGCUCUGUUACUGGAAUAGCCAUCCGUGUGUCCAUGUCUGUGACCAGGUUCCAGCCAGGCUACUACACACAGCAGAGAAAUGACUUUCAAGUGGAUGGCACACAAGUCUUACAGCUUUUCAGGGCUCACUGCUUUACUCAAAAAUAUUUUCACUGUAGUUCCAUGAUAGGGGAUUCACGACUAAAGAAAUUCACAUGUAAAAAUGCAAAUACGUAUUGAUUAAUCAAAGUAGGUUCUUUUAUGUAAAUAUAUAAAUAAGUUUGGGCAUUGAAAUGUAAACUGUACAACUAAUACACUUUUCUCCUCUGCAGUGUGGAUUUAGCCAUUUCAGUAAUAUAGAUGUUUACAAAAAAAGCCUCGCCGCCUCUUUCCUUGAAGAGCAACCUUCUCUUGUCUCUGGGGAAGGAGCAGCCUUUCGGACUUGGGUCAAGUCAUGGUGACUUUUAGUGCUAUCUGAAGGCUCAAGGUUUUCUAAGUUAGGGGGAUGGUCGAUCGGAAGCAGGAAAGGUCGGAUUCUCUUGGUGGACGCAGGCCCCCUUCCUCUGGAAUUGAGGGGUUUGUUGGAAAGGACUAUCUUAAAGCACGUCCGUCCCCGCGCCCUUCUGCAUGCAAACACUUGUGUUUCUGUGGAAUUGUAACUCCAAGCUCAUAAGUGCUCAUGUAAAGGUCGUAAGGUGAAAAUAAGGUUUCUGUUCUUUCCUUUGCGUUGCGGGUCGGGGUUCUGGGUUCCCUUUAGCUGCAGACUCUUCCAGGCGGUUGUCUGGCGGCUAUGGGCCGCCCCCUCACCCUCGGGCAGGGGGCUGGGGGCUGGGCACGGAGGGGAAUAAUACGAGUGAGCCUGGGCUCAGCUGACCCCAGGACAGAACUGCUCCCCCUCCUGCCCUGUAUUCCCUCUGUGAGGAGACGCAGCCGUCCUUCCCUUGCCAGUGUCAUUAUCAGCCAGAAGCCCAGCACAGCACCUCUGGCUGACUGAGCAACAUGCCCCGUCGCUCUGUAGUCAGUCAUACGGAGGUCCCCUUUGGAAGACUUGCUCUGUCCCCCACCCCUGCUUCCAUCCCCCUGUCCUCUCCCCAGUGUCUCCAGUUAGCGGCUGCCCCUUCUCUACAAGGGGAACCGGAGAGUGAGGUACCCGGCAGGGCUCCCUGCAGUUACAGAAGCUAGAAGCCACGUGGACCAGCUUUUCUGUCACUGUUGAACUAUUUCCUUAAAACCCUUCUGCUUUCGGUCAGAAGACAUUGGUCAACGUUCUUCUUCACCGCCUCGUAGAUCGAUAAGCUCUGGAGGGCGGGGAUGGUUACCACCGACCCUUGGGGCAGAGCUGGAAGCCUAGGUGGGGUGGCUGGACCCGUGGUAGCCUUCUGCCCUUCUGUGCUGUUGAACCUCACCCCCUCCCCUGCCUCCUCUCAGCUGGCUGGGUCCUUCUGAGAACUCUCAGCCUGGUCUAAUGCCAUGCUAUGAGCCAUGUGGUCACCUGGAAACGUUGCUGACCUGAGACACCUGGGCUGCUGCCGCCGUUGAAUCAAGGCAGAAAAAACCAGGUGGCAGGACUCCUUGUGGGACCAAGAACCCAGGCCUGGGGUUUACUGACGUCCCGCCAAAUGCGACAGAGGCCCAUUUAGGUGGAUUUUUCCAAUUCUGCAGGCUCGGCAGAUGGUAAUAGUCAGCCAUGGGGAGAAUGUCUGGUUGCCCUCUGGCUUAGGCUUCUUUCUUCAGGAGUCAGAAACGGUAGGAUUUAUCUCCUACGAGAGCAAAAAGGGUGGGCCAAUUUGUGUAGAAUUAACUAUGGCUUUAGACAAGCACGAAGCACUCCUUAGGCCCGGUGUCUGUUCCAGUAUCAUUGUGCCACCUGGGGCCUUGCACGGUCCUCCGGCAGCCAGGACGGCCGUGAGUCAGAAGGCUCUCGCCUCCCACAGCCGCCAUCCGGCAUGGCACCUCUUCCACUCGGCCGGGGAGGGGUGCCGAAUUCAUUGGUAAUGAUAGAAAUAACUUGGCCCAGAAUUUGCAUCUAUAGCUUCCCUUGUUUUGCUCCUCGUGAAAAUCAAGAUGGGAAAUUGAAGUGUAGCACAGUGCACAGAUCAUUCUAAAUACCACCUGUGAAGACUCAUUUAUCAGUGUAACUCCCUGAUAUUUUAACCGGAAGGUAAAAGUAAAGAGAAAUCCGACCUGAAUCGCUGUUUUUCAUUCCGGUGGCUACGAGGACGAACUUGCUAUUCGUCUUGAUCCACUGAAAGCCCUUCCAACACAGUAAAAAGAUGAGAUGAUUCACCUUUAAACCGAGGCCUUCAGGGAAGCUUUUGUAAAGGGCAGUCAUGAAUUAACGUUUUAAUGGUAGGACAGCAACCCUCUGAGAAGAGGCAGGGACCUCAGGGACCUUUUUUUUUUCCCCCUGAAACUGCAUAGCCCAGGGAAUGGAUUGAGAUGUUUUCUCCAGUCCCCGUACAGAUCAUACUUGGAAAGGUAAAGGAGCAGGAGGGCGUCGAAUAAAAUUGUAAGACAACGUUCAGCUUGACACUGAACUUUCCUUUGUAGGAUGCCAGUUCUGAAAUAGGCAGGAAAGUCAACAUGGGGACCAACACGUCAUGCGGGGGCUUUCACCUCCCUGUCCAGUUCCUCACUAGUGGGCUCAGGAUCUGAGGUCCAGCCCCAGGGUCUUCCCGCACUUCGUGCCCUGCGGUGAGGCUCCUCCAGGGCCGGGGGGCUUACCUCCGCUGGCCCCCACCUGCCCCUUCUUGUUUCAGGAAGACCCUUCUCUGAUUUCAGGUAGGGGAAGAGAAGGGGUCAAGGGCUCCUCUUACCCCUGAGUCCGUGGGUUUCGAAGAUUCCAUCUGAUGACUAAUAUACCUCUGUUCCCAGGAGCUGCUAGGGCACUGAGUGUUGGGAGAAAGGCUGUGAAUUAAGUUACUGUUUUUCUUAUGAGAAAUGGGAGUUUAUUUUUAUGUCGAUAUUAUUAUGUGAUGAAUUAAGUGUGCAGAUGUGGAAACGGAAGAAAAUCUCAAAACUAGAAUCCUGGAAGAAACAAGUUUUGUAACUUGGAAGCAACUGAAACCUCAUAGAAGUGUCAUUAUUCGUCUUUGAGCGUGAAUAAGGACACUGUGCUGGGAGCCUUAGCCAUGCUCUCUGGGAGGUGAACGGGAGGGUCUUCGAGAGGAUGGCACGGGCAGCGACCUCAAGGGAAACUCUUGCUUCACGUGAGGAGGCCGAUCAGCAGGCCUCUUCCUGAAGCCACGUGGUCUUCUGCCUGGCACUUUCUCUCUGGAGCCGGAAGACGGGGGCAGUUGGGUAAAACUCAUUUAGAAAGGAAGUAAGAAUUUUCUAGUGAUUACAAACAAUGAUGGGGGGCCGGGGGGAAGCCCUCUUUAGAGUUAUUCCAGAAGCUCAGCAUAGGAUGGGCUUUUAGCAGUAACGUAAUCUAAAUUCAGAAAAUUUAUUUACUUACCGUAGUGUAAGGAUAGGUGUGAAUUACGUUGGCUUUGGAAGGCGUGUUUAGACUAACGAUACAUUUAGUCUGCUUUCUAAAGACAGCUGGGGAAUGCAGGGGUAGAGUAGGGCAGGGCCUUAGAAAUUAGCCAGGGAGGAUCCACAAAAUGAAAAAUCCCCAGAGAGGUCAUAGAGUUAGCUGGUUGCAAAUAGAUUUCAUUGAUGUUGGAGUGAAAACCUCCUUAGGCCAAAUGAAGCGAAGAUAAAAAGUGUUCAAAAAUUUGGAAGGCGGCCUCAGGAAUAGUUUGACUCGAGUGCCCACAAAGACCAUAAUGAGGAAAGGUAUGAAUUCUGUGCUGUUGAGCAGUCCAGCUAGGACACUUCAGGGGUACAGAGUAGAGGAAAAGAAAAUCAACCUCCUUAUUUACCCAAGCUUGUUGGCUGAAUUUUUUUUUUUUUUUAUAGGUCUGGGAAGUCAACCUUUUCUGAAAAAGGAAUGGUUGUAGCCUUGGAAAAAUGGUUUUCCUAUUUCUCCCAAGUUAGGAUUAACAUAGCCUCCCUGUCGCCUUAAAUGUCAAACCCCUAUUUUAAUACCCCAGCAUAAGAGUUCUAGCAAUAAGAAACACUGAAUCUAUUUUUGUUUAAAUUCUUGACCUCAUAGUAUGAAGCUAGUAAGACAGUUGAUAAAUUUCACCCUGAAUACUAGUCGCAUAGGUACGUUCUUCUGUUUUGAUGGUAAUGAUUUUAAUGCUCUAAAGAAAGCUGGUGUUAAUCCUGAAGCUAUGAGGAGUGAAUGUUUCUUUAAUGAUUGUUUUGUGGUACAAAUAACAUCUGUGUGUAUCAUAUCUGUAUAUAUCGGAACCAAGUUGUGUGCAGAGAGGUUGAUAUAACUAUAUUUACAGAAAACAAUUUUUACAAUUAAAAUUCACAUUUUAA